CUCACAUGCUGCAUGCACAUGCAGCGGGACUCGAGCGAAACAUUCCAAUGUCAAAUCAGUCCAACUGCCUCGCCUCCUUUCACGCUAGCCGUCCGCCAAUGAAAACGUGAGAGAGAAUAAAGCGAGUGGCUUGGAAGUGAAAAGGUUGAUAUUAUUCGCUGGGGGAGCGUGACAGAAAGAGACUGAGAGCUGGAGAGGGUGUGUGCAAGUGUGUAAUCCUUGGCAUACAAAAACAAAAACAACAGAGGUUGAAAGGACAAGGGUAGUGAGAAAGAGAAAAAAAUCGAGGGCAGAGGCAGUCACAUUUUUAAAGCACCUGAAAACGUGCUGCUGAGUGUGAGCACCUAUUAAUGGGCGUGCGUCUCUAAAACUACUUCCACAUAGUGUUGUGACCUCACUAGCACCUGUGCUGAAAUUCUUUGGAUUGUCUUUCUCCCUCACCAGAUCCUACCUCUACUGUACUUCACACAUCCUGUUCAGGACAACUCAGCCAAGUUAGACAUCAGGCGAAGCAGGCUAAGAACGUUCUGUCGUCCCCUCUCGUCUGCGGGGCACUGACAGUUACUUCUGCCUGUCGGCAAUUUUCUCCAAUUUGAGCACAGUGCUCUUAAGAUAGCUUUUUUUUCUUGAAGGGUUGACACGACCCCUAUGUAACGGCGUUCAUUGGUUAUAUCCUGCCUUCUCUGGAAACGCGGGUAGGCUACAUUACGCUUUCAACUAACCUGACGCCAGCUUUUAUUGAUGCAGAGGGACAACUAAUACAGGGUCACUUUUCCUAAUUUUCAACCAAGUCAAGAAAUCACCGCUACAAUGGAUAACAGUCCAGGUGGAAGUGUCAUCUUAUAUGCCGGGUCCACGGGCAGUGCCAGCCCCAGCCCAGGCAGCCCCGGCAGCCCCUCCAGCGGGUACCAGACGCAGUCGCCUUCCUCCCAUUCCCAGCCCUCCUCCCCUGAGGAGGUUUCCUUCACUGAGAUCGGGGCCCUGAAGCAAAGAGCUGGCAGUGGUUGCAUUGACUCUGGCUCCAAUGCCAGCAGUGCCACCAGCAACGACAGCUCAGCAGUGGGCACCCCUACCUCAGGCAGACUGGUUUUUCAGUUCCCAGAGGUCAGCAGCGCCUCCGUUGCCACGGCGGUGACCCCUACUAUGACCUCUGGAGGUCAGCAGUCCUACUCUCACCCCAUGGUGGCUAAGAGACCGUAUGGCUUCACUGGAACUUUUACAAAGACAGGAGGGAUGGUUCUUCUGUGUAAAGUAUGUGGCGACAUUGCAUCAGGAUUUCACUACGGUGUCCAUGCGUGUGAAGGCUGUAAGGGUUUCUUCCGCCGGAGCAUCCAGCAGAACAUCCACUACAAGAUGUGUGUGAAGAACGAGAACUGCCUGAUCAUGCGCAUGAACCGCAACCGCUGCCAGCACUGCCGCUUCAAGAAGUGCCUGUCUGUGGGCAUGUCCAGAGAUGCUGUGCGCUUUGGGCGUAUUCCCAAGCGGGAGAAGCAGAGGCUGCUGGACGAGAUGCAGAGCUACAUGAACAGCCUCAACGAGUCGGCCGCCAUGGAGAUCGACGGCUCCCCUCCCCCCGAGACCCCGGCCAGCCCCGACCAGAGCCAGUCCGAGGAGGCCAUCGGCUCCGUCUCGCAGACGUACUGCAACGUCUACGUGAAAACCGAGGAGCAGGACGUCAAGCCCGUGGUCAUCCACAACAACAACAACAACAACAACAACAUGAACAACAACGUCAGCCCCGCCAGGUUCCACGGGAACAACGCGCCGCGGGACAGCAGCAACCACGCGCAGUCCCACCCCCACGCCGCGCCGCAGCAGAUCUUCCAACGGCAACCCACGUCCGCGUACCAGCCCAGCCCCGCCCGCUGCCCUGUCACUCACCGGGAGAACAGCGCGCUCGACAACAGUCGCUACGCACACCCGGCCUCAUCCAAUCAGAGUCCACAUUGCCCUGCCUCUCAGAACUACCAGGCCAAUCAAAACAGCCACUCCAUCAACGAAACACAGGCACCCACCUCUUGUCCCUUCAGGUUGGGUGGAGGAACCAAAGUGUUGGCGUGUCCCCUGAAUAUGAGCCCAGUGACCACGGCGGGGCGCACUAGCCAGCAGGUGUGGGAGGCCUUCUCCCAGUGCUUCACCCCAGCAGUCAAGGAGGUGGUGGAGUUUGCCAAGAGCAUCCCCAGCUUCCAGGCUCUCAGCCAGCAUGACCAGGUCAUGCUGCUCAAAGCAGGCACUUUCCAGGUUCUGAUGGUGAGGUUCUGCUCACUGUUCAACGCUAAGGAGCGCACCGUGACGUUCUUGAACGGGCAGACGUACCCACUGGCCACCCUGCGGGCCCUGGGCAUGGGCUCCCUGCUGGACGCCAUGUUUGAGUUCAGCGAGAAGCUCUCGGCCAUGGCCCUGGAGCCAGACGAGAUGGCCCUCUUCAUGGCCGUCGUGCUGCUGUCUGCAGACCGGGCAGGCAUAUCAGAUGUGGGAGCGGUCGAGCAACUCCAGGAAGGCCUGAUUGGUGCACUGCGGGCGCUCAUCACCCGCCGUCGCCCCGACGACAGCGCGCUGUUCCCCAAGCUCCUUCUGAGGCUGCCGGACCUGCGCACGCUCAACACCCUGCACUCAGACAAGCUGCUGGCAUUCCGCAUAGACUCCUGAACGACUUGCUGACGUCCUUAUCGCAAACCCCACACCUGACACCUCUCGAGCACAAUGUAGACCCGCCCCACACACACAAACACACAUACACGCAAACAAAGUCCUCAGGAAGGACUCGAAUCGGUGACCUGUAAACGGAGCCGGUCCAUGCAGGUGAACGAGUGGUUGUACAUUUGAAUCCACUCGCGGUAUCACUACGACGACUGAACAGACCGGUCCGUUUAAAAGAAAAGAAGAAAAAAAAAAUACAGGAACAGGUGUGUUGACGGUGGACUUCCUCCAGGCGUUCUUCAGAGACUAAGCCUCCACUAGCACCUUAUCACUCCACGUUUGAUGCCCCAAACACUCAAGACUGAAGGACCUUUUUCCGUGGGCAACCACCACAUCUAUGGACAUAAAAUGUCUGCUAAAGCUACAGCUAAGCUACGGGGACUUUGUCAGACUGAGGAGUGGAAAAAAAGAAAGACUGUUGUAUCUAUUUUUAUAAAUACAUAGCUAGCGAGAGAGCAGAAACUUAACCGUGGCCUUUGGCUGUCUUUACUCCCUUUGGUGUCUCAGUUUAAUGAGACGUCUCUGAGGGGAGAGAGAACUAGAUGGAGAAGAGUGAAGAAUAUUGUCUAUGUGCAAUGCUUUUACUGUCAAAAUGUCAUUGAAUGGGCUGAUAAGAAUUGUUAUCACUUUUGAGGGGACAUAAGGAUCCUUGGAAAGACAUAGGACAUUCUGCUUUUUGAAGUGCUACAAACGACUGAGUUCUCCAAACAGUUCCGAAAAAUCCGAUGCAGUGUGUUUUUUUUAUCAGUCGCUCUCCUCUGUUCUCCGUAGUAACAGAUGUGUUAGUAUGACUACCCGUCUUCUGUCAUAUAUGCACACACAACUAGACACAAUGCAAAACAAACCUGUAGUAGGCUGGGAGAUUAUCCUACUGAAGACACUCAAACAUUGUACACAGCCAUCCUCACACACACACACACACACACACACACACACACAAACACACGCACGCACACACACACACACACACACACACACACACAGAGAAAUACAUAAAAAGUAUGUUAUCCACAGUCCCUCAGGGGGAAAACACGCACUUCUAAUGCAUCAAUGAGCAUCAACAAAAUCCUCCAACUCUACCAAAUCACACUAGCAGUUCAUUCCUCUCCCAGUUUCCAGCCUGUGCCAGGCUCUUUUAGAAACAUGUGUUUGUUACUCAGUGUCAUUGCUACAAUUACAAUGAAAUAAGCUGUUUUAUAUUCGGGCAUACAUGAAAUAUCUCUAUGACAUUUGAAAGAUUUAAAUUGUAUAUGAGUAAAUGCUUUAUAUUAUGAGAAAUGCCAGUGAUCUUUUUGUGUGGUGGAAUUUGGGAGCUAUGAGUCUUUUUGUCUAUACCCUAGAGGAGGGAUGUAUAGCCAAUUUUCAGGGGUUACACUGUUGUAUAUAUUGUAUAGUUGUGGAUCUAAACACCACUCCUGUAGAGAAGAAUCGAUUAGCUCUGCUCUAAUGUGCAGCACUCGAUAAUAAAGGGCUUCUUAAAUGGAAGGAAAGGGGCUUUGCCUGAUCGAAGGAGGGGUUAUUAUUUUGGGGUCGGUCAUCCCUUCGUUGGGAGAAAUGACCACAGUUCUAAAAAUAGCCAGAACCAAAUGCGACCUCUCAACUUUCACCCCAGCACCUUGGUUUGUGUCACUGGAGGCUAAUAGUCGAUCUACACGUGAGUCUAAACAAGGCUUCAGGAUUGUUCUUUGGGGUCUUUUGUGAUUUUGAGACUCCUGCUGUUAUUCGAUCUCUGACAGCCUAGCACGCUCCCAAAAACUCUACCAACCCAUCAUUGUAUAUUUUGUAAAUGUGAUCUGUUACUCUUCUUCUGUAGAAAUGAUAUUAAAUGAAAAUUAUCCAUCAUA